GCUGCGUUAUUGACACAACACUUUCUAUUGAUAGAAUAAGCAGCGAUUGUCCCGAGUCAUUGGUGCGCCAAAGUGCGCCGCGAUGGGCUGGCCUGAGUCCGCCGCGCUGAGCUGGUUCCGCCGGUGCGGCGGCGGCCGCUCCCGUGCGUGCGGACCGGUGACGAGAGAAGGGGCAGAGAGUGACAGAGAGAGGGGGGGGAGAGAAAAAAAAAGAGGCGUCUACCAAAGCGGCUCAAAGCGGGCGAACAAACGGGAGCCAACCAUGGACAAUAGUGGCCAUCACACGGCGACCAAAAUCCUCGCGGCUCCUUCUGCGAGAGAAAGCCUUUCUGCCAGGAGCACCAUGAUCGGCACGCCCAAGCCCCUCGCCUUCUCCAUCGAGCGCAUCAUGGCGCGGACGCCCGAGCCCCGCUCCGUGCCCGUCCCGCAGCUCCUGCACGGCUCCGCGGCCAAAGGCGACGCCAAGCACCCGCUGCACCUCGGCUCCUCCAUCCCCUGCAUGAUCCCCUUCGUGCCGGUGGCGUACGACCCCCUGGGCAAAGCGGCGGGCGCGGAGCCCAGGAAGGCGCCCUUGGACUCCUCUUCCUCGCCCUCCUUCAGCUGCGGCGAUCUCUUGAACUGUGCCCUGAGCCUGAAAGGAGAUUUCCCCCGCGACGCCCUGCCCUUGCAGCAGUACAAACUGGUAAGACCCCGAGUGGUCAAUCACUCCUCCUUCCACGCCAUGGGAGCCCUGUGCUAUUUCAACCGAGGCGACGGCCCCUGUCACCCGGCCUCCGGUGUCAACAUCCACCCGGUGGCUUCUUAUUUCCUCAGCUCCCCGCUGCAGCCGCAGCCCAAGGCGUACCUGGCGGAGCGGAACAAGCUGGUGCUGCCGCCCGCCGACAAGUUCCCCGCCGGGGUGGCCUUCAAGGACUUGUCGCAGGCACAGCUGCAGCAUUACAUGAAGGAGAGUGCCCAGAUCCUCUCGGAAAAGAUCGCCUACAAGAGCGCGGAGUUCGGCCGCGGCUCGCCGAGCAGCAAGCCCAAAGUUUUCACGUGCGAAGUUUGCGGGAAGGUAAGUAGAGCCCCGCCGCCUCCCUCCCGUCCCCGCCGCGUAUUCAAUGCACACUAUAACCUAACUCGCCACAUGCCGGUGCACACGGGAGCCAGACCCUUCGUUUGCAAAGUUUGCGGGAAGGGCUUCAGGCAGGCGAGCACGCUGUGCCGCCACAAGAUCAUCCACACGCAGGAGAAGCCCCACAAGUGCAACCAGUGCGGCAAAGCCUUCAACCGGAGCUCGACCCUGAACACGCACACGCGGAUCCACGCCGGUUACAAACCCUUUGUUUGCGAAUUCUGUGGCAAAGGGUUUCACCAGAAAGGCAACUACAAAAACCACAAGCUGACCCACAGCGGGGAAAAGCAAUUCAAGUGCAAUAUCUGCAACAAGGCUUUCCACCAGGUGUACAACCUCACCUUCCACAUGCACACCCACAACGACAAGAAGCCCUUCACCUGCCCCACCUGCGGCAAAGGCUUCUGUCGGAACUUUGACCUCAAGAAGCACGUCCGCAAGCUGCACGACAGUGCCAUGGGGCUGCCUCGGCCCCCGGCCGAGCUGGGCGGUCAUGCUUUCAGAGGAGACCAAGCUGAGGUGGAUGUGCUGUUUCCAAACAGCCUUGGAGGCAGGUGUGAGAUCCCAUUCCUGCUGCUUCAUGAGUAUGUGCCGUAG